ACUUUUUGUUAUUAAAAUAUAAUUCUGCUCCGAUUCACGCGAAUCAUGUUUCGCAUUACGUCACAACAAUCGUUUAUCAAUCGUGAAACGUUAUAAUUUUUCUUCGUAUAUAGUUUUGAUUGAACGAUCGUGUUCCCAUACAACAUUAAAUACACAUAUGUUGGCAACACGAGAGACAAUAAGGCACAAUGAAAAUAUGUUAGUGCGGCUACGGAGUAAAAUGGCCGUUGGCGUGUGUUAUUCGUCGGUGCGCUCUUCGUGUCCAUGUCUUUAACGGUGUUUUCCUCCAAUAAAUAUUAUUGAAUAAGUGUGCACGUGAAUUUCCACGGUGUUAUCAACAUUGUGAGAAAAACGGAGGCGAUAACGGAAUAAAUCGGAUCGAAAGGGGUUGAGCAUGGCUAGUCCUUCGCCUCAGUCGUCUCCGAUGCCUCCCCCGCAAGCUCCCAGUCCGCUGGGACCGCCGCAACAGUCACCGUCUUCAGCCUCCAACCCGCAAGGCAGUCCCAUGGGUCCGCCUGGACAUCACGCUCACAGCCCAACGCAGGUUUAUGCCGGAGGGCCGCCGCCUCAGGGCGGCCCUCCCAUGUCUCAACCGCAACAACAAUCGAUACCCUCUCAACAACAAGGUUAUCCUCCGCAUUCGCAACAAAUGCCGCCCAACAUCGGACCACAGGGUCAGGGCGGUCCCGGCGGCCCGAUCGGUCCAGGGCCUGGACAGCAGGCUGGAAAUUCCAUGGGAGCCGGACAAAUGGGUCAUGGGACUCCGAGCCAAAUGGGGCCAGGGGGGCCGAGUCCGAUGGGCAUCGGUGGGCCCGGGCACAUGGGACCCGGAGGCUCCAUACAAAUGGGUCCGAGUCAGUUGGGGCCAGGGGGACUCGGACAAAUGGGUAUACCUGGACAAAUGCUCGGUGGCCCGGGCGCAAUGGGGCCCGGAGUUCAAGGCGGCCAUUUGGGACCCGGACAAGGGCCUCCGGGCCACGGCGGAGCAUCGGUCGGACACCAGGCUUCGCCGCACAUGGUCCAAAGCGGCCCGGGGCAACACAUGGGACCUCAGAAUCCUCAGAUGGGAACACACAUCGGAGUAGCUCCGAAUUCCGGACACAUCAACGCCGGUCAACCCGGACACAUGGGCCCGAUGUCACAGAGCGCCGCUGCUCACAUGGGGAGCCCCAUGGGCCUCACCGUUCCUGGCCAAAUGGGCCCGGCGAGUAAUUCCGGGCCGAUGGGACCCAACGGUAAUCCUGGUCACGGCCAAAGUCCGAACGGUCCGGGGCAGAUGAGCAUGAGCGGAGGAGCAGCGAGUCAACUGGGAAUGAGCGGACCGGGUGGCCAAAUGAGUCCGAGCGGUCCAGGUGUCCAGAUGCCUCCGAAUGCUCCUGGGAGCCAAAUGGGUCCAAUGGGUCCAAUGAGCAAUCCAGGGGGACAAGUGGGUCCGAGUGGGCCUGGAAACCAGAUUGGACAAGCGGCCUCGAUGGGCUCGGGAGGUCCGAUAGGCUCCGGGGGAAGUCCGAGUUCCCACAUGCCGUUGGGAAGUGGACCGGGCAGCCAAAUGGGCGAGAGUCGCGUUCCGAUGGGCCCGAGUGAGGCCCGAGGUCCGAUGGGCCCGGCGAAUACACCCGGACAAAUCGCGAGCUCCGGUCCCGGCGUACAGAUCAGCUCUGGUGGGCCGACGCAGCAAAUGGGACCGGGGACCGGCGCAGGACUGCCCACCGGACCCGUCACUCAAAUGAGUCAAACGGGAUCCGCCGGAAGCGUGAGUGUUUCGUCCGCUGGUACGGGACAAGAAAAUCUUAACGCUCUCCAAAAGGCCAUCGACUCGAUGGAGGAAAAAGGACUUCAGGAAGACCCGCGUUACUCCCAACUCCUCGCUCUGAGGGCUCGCCAGGGCAACAUGGGCGAAAAACAAACUUUCAGCUCUCAGCAACUUCAACAGCUACGCGUGCAAAUAAUGGCGUACAGAUUGCUAGCGCGCAAUCAACCGCUCUCGCAACAAUUAGCGCUCGCAGUUCAAGGUGGAGCUCCACCACCACCACCUCCCCCUCCCCCGCCUCCCCCACCGCCUCCUCCUUCAGGUAUGGGACAGCGUACGACCGAUCCGAUUCAAACGACCCCGGGUCCGGUGGGUCCGCAGAUUACUGGUCCCAACGCUCUCGGGCCUUCCGGCCCACCGAGGCCUGGUGCCCAGACGCCGCAGCAUCAACAGCUCCAGCAGCCUGGACCAAAGACCAAUCGGGUUACGAGUGUCGUGAAACCAGCUGGAUUGGAUCCGUUGCUUAUUCUUCAAGAACGUGAAAACAGACUCACCGCGAGAAUAGCUUCAAGGAUGGAGCAACUGAGCAACCUUCCGACCAAUAUGCCCGAAGAUCUUCGUCUUCAAGCUCAAAUAGAAUUGCGAAUGCUCAGGGUACUAAAUUUCCAGCGACAGCUACGAUCGGAGAUAAUCGCUUGCACUCGUAAAGAUACAACACUGGAGACUGCGGUUAAUGUUAAGGCGUACAAAAGAACGAAACGACAAGGUUUGCGAGAAGCUCGAGCUACGGAGAAAUUGGAGAAGCAACAAAAACUCGAAGCUGAACGUAAACGCAGGCAAAAACAUCAGGAGUUCCUCACCUCGGUGCUCCAGCAUGGCAAAGAUUUCAAAGAAUUCCAUCGUAACAACGUCGCAAAAUUGGCUCGUCUUAACAAAGCGGUGCUCAAUUAUCAUGCCAACGCCGAGAGGGAACAGAAAAAGGAACAAGAACGUAUCGAGAAAGAGCGUAUGCGUCGUCUCAUGGCCGAGGACGAAGAGGGUUACAGGAAGCUCAUCGAUCAGAAGAAAGACAAACGUUUGGCUUUCCUACUCUCACAAACCGAUGAGUAUAUCAGCAAUCUCACGGAAAUGGUCAAACAGCACAAAAUGGAACAAAAAAGAAAACAAGUUGAGGACGAGAAAAGGAAGAAGAAGAAGAGGUUGCAGGUUGGUGAAAAUGGUGAAGAGACUGCUAAUGGCGAAGACAGGCGCGUCGGUGUUAUCGAGGUUGCGACUGGACGCACGUUGACCGGCGACGAAGCACCUCUCACGAGUCAACUCGCAGCUUUCCUCGAAUCACAUCCGGGCUGGGAAACGAUAGAUUCUGAUAGCGAGGACGACGAAGAAGACGAAGAAGAAAGUGAAGAAAAAGUAAAUGGUACGAUCGCGAAACGAACGAGUAAAAAUAAUAGUUUUAAUUUUUUUUUUAAUUUCUUGACAAAAAAAAUUAUUUCGUUGAUAAUAGCUGAAGAGAAAGCUACCAGCGAUAUGGAGGAGGAGAAAGCUAAGAAAACCCUUCACAAAGCUAAAGUCGAAGACGACGAAUACAAAACAGAAGAACAAACUUAUUACAGCAUUGCUCAUACUGUUCACGAAAGCGUUACGGAACAGGCCAGUAUUAUGGUCAAUGGCAUCCUUAAGGAAUAUCAGAUCAAGGGUCUGGAGUGGCUAGUGUCGUUGUUCAACAACAAUCUGAAUGGAAUUCUCGCCGACGAGAUGGGUCUCGGCAAAACGAUUCAAACGAUAGCUCUCGUUACAUAUCUCAUGGAACAGAAAAAAGUUAACGGACCUUUCCUAAUAAUCGUGCCUCUUUCAACUUUGUCGAAUUGGGUACUGGAAUUCGAGAAGUGGGCACCCAGCGUUGUAGUAGUUUCUUACAAAGGUUCGCCAGCAGGCAGAAGAGCGAUUCAGUCGCAAAUGCGUGCGACGAAAUUUAACGUUCUUUUGACUACUUACGAAUACGUCAUAAAAGACAAAUCGGUCUUGGCGAAGCUGCAGUGGAAAUAUAUGAUAAUCGACGAAGGUCACAGAAUGAAGAACCAUCACUGCAAACUCACGCAAGUUUUGAACACUCAUUAUCUCGCGCCUCAUCGACUUCUCCUGACCGGUACACCUCUUCAGAACAAAUUGCCCGAACUGUGGGCUCUUUUAAACUUUUUACUGCCAUCGAUAUUCAAGUCGUGCAGCACUUUCGAGCAAUGGUUCAAUGCUCCAUUCGCUACGACUGGCGAAAAAGUCGAGCUCAACGAGGAAGAAACUAUUCUCAUUAUUCGCCGUUUGCACAAAGUCCUCAGGCCCUUCUUGCUGCGUCGUUUGAAAAAAGAAGUCGAGUCGCAGCUGCCUGACAAAGUCGAGUACAUUAUCAAGUGCGACAUGUCUGGACUCCAAAAAGUUUUGUACAAGCACAUGCAAAGCAAGGGUGUCUUGCUAACCGACGGCUCGGAAAAAGGAAAACAGGGCAAGGGUGGUGCGAAAGCUCUGAUGAACACUAUAGUACAAUUGCGAAAGCUUUGUAAUCAUCCAUUCAUGUUUCAAGUAAUCGAAGAAAAGUACUGCGAGCACAUUGGCAAACCGGGCAGCGGCGUAGUAUCGGGCCCUGACCUUUAUCGGGCUUCUGGAAAAUUCGAACUGCUCGAUCGCAUCUUACCUAAGCUCAAAGCGACCAAUCAUCGAGUAUUGCUCUUCUGUCAAAUGACACAAUUGAUGACAAUUAUGGAAGAUUAUUUGGGCUGGCGAGGAUUCAUGUAUCUUCGUUUGGACGGUACAACAAAAGCGGAAGAUCGUGGUGAUCUUCUGAAAAAAUUCAAUGAUCCCGGAUCCGAAUAUUUCCUUUUUCUGUUGUCCACCCGAGCCGGUGGUCUCGGUCUUAAUCUCCAGGCUGCCGAUACCGUCAUUAUUUUUGAUUCCGAUUGGAAUCCCCAUCAGGAUUUGCAGGCGCAGGACCGAGCUCACAGAAUAGGACAGAAAAACGAGGUCCGAGUGCUCCGAUUAAUGACCGUUAAUUCCGUAGAAGAAAGAAUUUUAGCGGCAGCGAGAUACAAGCUCAAUAUGGACGAGAAAGUUAUUCAAGCUGGUAUGUUCGAUCAAAAGUCAACGGGAUCGGAAAGACAACAGUUUUUGCAGAGUAUUUUGCAUCAGGACGAUGCCGAGGAUGAGGAAGAGAACGAGGUACCCGACGAUGAAACUGUCAAUCAGAUGAUCGCGAGAAGCGAAGGCGAAUUCGAAAUUUUUCAGAAAUUGGACCUGGAAAGGCGAAGAGAAGAAGCCAAAUCAGGAUCCAACAGAAAAUCUCGGCUGCUCGAAGAAACUGAAUUGCCAGAUUGGCUGGUUAAGGACGAUGACGAGGUUGAACGGUGGACUUACGAGGAGGAUGAAGAUCGGUUUUUGGGCAGAGGUUCGAGGCAACGAAAAGAAGUCGAUUACUCGGAUAGUCUUACUGAAAAAGAAUGGAUGAAGGCGAUCGACGAUGACGGUGUGGAGUUCGAGGAAGAAGAAGAUGACGACAAAAAGAAAAAAAGAGGCCGAAAACGAAGAAAGAAGGGCGAAGAGGACGAUGAACCUACACCGAAAAAACGUCGUGGUAUCGGUUCGUCCAUUGACCCGAAAGUGAAACGAGCCAUGAAAAAACUUAUCAUGGUCGUUGUAAAUUAUACCGACAGUACUGAUGGUCGAUUGCUCAGCGAACCAUUUAUGAAAUUACCAUCGAGACGCGAAUUACCAGAUUAUUACGAGAUAAUCAAAAAACCAUUGACGAUAAACAAAUUAUUGCAGAAAAUCGACGAAGGAAAGUACGCUGAUUUUGACGAGCUCGAAAAGGAUUUUAUGCAGCUGUGCAAAAAUGCACAAAUUUACAACGAGGAGGCGUCCCUGAUUCAUGAGGAUUCGAUAGUGCUACAGUCGGUAUUCACAAAUGCCCGCGAACGUCUAGAAACAGAAGGGACGAAUUCGGACGGUGACGAAAGAGGUGAAGUUGAGGAUUGCUCGGACGGAGAUUCAAGUAUACGAAUGAAAUUGAAGAUGAAGGGUCGCAAGGGUGAAGGAAGAGGAGGUAGAAGAAAAAGGGUAACGAAGAAGUAUAUAUCCGACGACGACGACGACGGAGACGACAAUUGAAGAUGAAUUUAUUUGGACGAAAUUUUUGGUUGAUGAGGCGCAAGUGUCGAAAAGGUUUUUAACGUUUGAGCGACGCUAUUUUUCAGGGGGCGAGGGCAAAGUAAUGUGUUUAUUUUUUUGAGAAUUCUUGUAAUUCUCCGGGUUUUUUUUUUGUAUAUCUUGCAAGGAAUAACGGGUGACGAUCAAGAGAAUCGUGUGUACAGUAGAUUUGUAAUUCAGAGUCGGCAAUCUACGUCAAUACUAAAAUGAUGGUUCAACAUUUCCGAUUCUCCCUCGUAUAUUUUGUCCCAUUUUUAUUUUGACUAUUCUAUUCCGCGUUUAAGUCGUAGAAUAAUAGGAUGAAUAAUUCAAAUCUAUAAAGGGUGUUUCAGUAUGUUUUACAAAAAAGAAAAAAUCGAAUUUAAGGAUCUCGUACUUUUUGAAAUGGAGAUUAUGAGUUUUUGUGCUGUGAAAUUUUGGCGUGAACGUUCAACGUGGUGAAGAGUGAGCAGAGAGAGGAUGGUGAUCAUUUAAGACCCAUGAUCGUGUCGUGAUAAAUAUUUUUCAUUGAUUAUUCUCGUUCUGCACUUGAUUGUAUUGUUUUUUUUUUUUCGAAAGUUUCUAGACUUAUUCUUAUAAACUUGGCGUCGAGCCGCUACCGCGUUUCUUGAUAGGUCUACUGGAAGUUCAGUUAUUUUCUUUACCAAGCUCUUCAAUCAAAUGCCUCUGUAAUAUUUAAUAAGGCACCGAGAUCCUUGUACGUUGUUUAUGUUAGUAUCAUCACAAUCCCAAUGAAACUUUGCGAUAUAAACUUUUUGCGUUUAUAUAUCAAUUGUAAGGAAACAAUCGAAAAAAGUCAUACACACGAGAAUGUUAAGAAUUAUAUCACGACUCAUUGUAACUUAUCCAUAUACGCUACAAAUAAUUGAAUAAAUGGUAAUGAAUGAUUGAUAAA